AUGGCUGCGCAAGGACUCAUUCCCAGUGGUGUUUGUGAUGUGAGCCCGUGGUUAGACGAGUUUCAGCUAUUUUACACACUUACUGUAGAAAUCACAGCGGUCAAAAGUCUGCGCUAUUGCGAACGUUUAGACUGCUAAUACGCAGUUAGAAUUUCGGCUCAGCUUGGUGGUUUCAGGCAGCUAAUAUUUAAUUUUUUUGGUAGAGUUCAGACAAGAUGGUAAACCGACAGAAAACCCUUGAUAAGAUGUACUCUGUGUUCAAGAAGACGUAAGGUUUCCUUCCCCCAAAUUCGCUACUGCAGUUUCCUUUCACAGAUUCGAACAUUUCAGGUAUUUUUUUGCUUGGAACAUGUGGAUUUUUCUGUUUUCCCUUAAAAUUUUGCGCAGGAAAUGAGCGCACGGCUGGCUACGAUUUAUUCAUUGCGCAUGCCGAACGUUUGACCGCUGUGUUGCUGUAUGAUUCCAUGGGCUCGAUAAACAGCCGCUAGUCGGGAAUGAGCCCUGGCUCCUCUUAAGACUGAACUAUAGAGAGUGGCGAAGAUCAACUCUGUUCUUAAACACACAUGCUUUAUUUUAGUUUUUGAUAUCCAGAUAGCAGUGUAAAUAUUAUUUUUCAUUUAUGCUUGGUGUUGAAUAAAAUUCUUGCAAUUGAACAAAUGCGAAGGGAUUGCAUCGCUAUAUGGAUCAGUUUGAUACUCAACUUAUAUUACUAAGUAUAAUUCUCUAAUGAUAUUAAUAGGAUAAAAGAAAUUGAAUUAGAUUAUCAGUAGCAAAGUGCUGUGCACUCUUUAGUAUAUUCUUGAUUGUAAUAAUAAGUAUUCUUUAUAUAAGAUAAAUUUAUAUAAAACUUACCUGUACUUACUUAUCAAGCAGUUUGUAAAGAAUAAAACUAAUCAGCUGUUGGCUCUUUGUUGUAUUUCCGCGACUCUGAUUGGUUAUUGUGGAUUUGGUAUUACAACGCACGGCAUGUUAAAAAUAUGAUUUUUUUCCCGGUCGGGGGAAGGGAGAAGGGUUGAAACUCUUCUUCAUAUGGCACAACUGGGUAUGGUUUUGAACAGGGUUUCUUUAUGUACAGUAAGCUUUGAGCAGAUUGUUGGAUUGGCGUUACCCACUUUUGAGUGAAAGAACUAGAAGGAUGAUAUUCGCCCUGACGAAGGGCUGACGCUUGAAACGUCGGCUUUGUAACUCUUUACGGUGGCCAAUUUACAUUAUCAAACUAAAUUAUCAUAUCGAGCAGUAGUCAGCUGGAUUGGAUUCAGAGCAUGCAGUGUGACAUCCCAACCUCACUUUACAUCAAAAGAUCCGUAAUCAGGAAUUAACAAUCUCAGAAAAAAUAUCCACAGCCCCAUAGUCCUUUCGUAUACUAUACAAAGCGAGCAAUUUACUUACUUACUUAGGGGAGGGGAAAGUUUCACCAUCCUCGUCCCCAUUCUCUACGCUUCAUAAACCCAUUCGAAACUCGUGUGACAACAGUGCAGUUUUCCAAAGAGGAUUGUGUUGGAACACAGCUCAGUUUUCUACAAGGUAAAUUCCUCACUUUUGAAAUGAUUUGAUUUUUUAUCGAUGAUUUUCUGUACCUCAAACUUAAGGCUCUUCGUUCAACAUUAGGUCUGUAAACUUGCUUGUGACUCUCAGCACGUGUCCUCUUCCACGCCGCAUCUAAAGUUUUUCAUUUCUGUCAAAAUCUCGCUUUCUUAUUACUUGCUUGCCGUAAGAAAAUUUCGGAGAAAAAAAUUGAACGGUAAGGAUAUUGCCUUUAACAACUGCAAAGGAAGGAAUGGUCACGGGUUACUUCAUUUUUUGUCAGUGAUAAUAAGUUCAUGUUGUCGAUGAAGUGUACUAGUCGUACGACUCCAGUGGCCUAUUUCCUUAUCAAGGCAUACCCAGGACUCUGUUGUAUGAAGCGACUAGGAUUAUCGUUACUCCCUUAGGAUGCGAUGCUACCCUGAAUUGGUAUUGAAUGAAUGCUCUGCCUCAGUGAAACCCCAUUCCCCUUCUUAACAAACCCUCCUUUGUAAUAAGCCUCCCCUCUCUCCUUGUCAAUAGUCCCCCCUCUGAUUAGACCCCUCUACAAGAGGUUCUCAGAGGGGUGAUACCUUUUACCGUUAAUGGUUAAAAUUUUGACCAUUUUACCCUCAAUGAUUAACUUCCUUCUUUUGUGUUUAAAAGAAAAGUUUUUCGAUGGCUGAUUUUUUUGGUCAUUUUACAUCUAACAAUUAACCCCAUUGAGACCCUCCUUCAACUGCAUUCCAUUUGAUGGCUCUAGAAGUUAUAAACCUACACGGGGUUAUAAGAGCAAACAUGAUAACCCCUCAGAGCUUCAUCAUGUCUUCAGGAAAGUUGGCUGGUUCCAAUUCAUACACCUUGAGGGAAGGAGAAACUGUGAGAGUGAACUGAAAAAAUAAAUAAAUGCCCCAUGUAGAUAUUGUCCAAGGUAUAAUCUACAGACAGCUGUUUGCCAUUGGUGUGUCAGUUCGAAAAAAGAGUAAAUUAAUGAUCAUAAACACAUAUCCCUUGAUUUAAGUUAGAGGCUAAUCUGGUACACUCCAGAGGAAAAAUGUGUGCUAUCCUCCCACUAAUAGUACAGGUAACCCAAAAGAAAGGACAGGGUGGGAUGGGUAAUUUUCAAUGGACUAUCAUCCCCUCAGGGGAGGGGGAAUAGCUUUCUUCUCAGUUGCUUUAGUUUUGAAAAAUAAAUAAGCUCUGGUAACUAGAUAUGAAAAAGCUGGGCUUGUGAGACUCUACCUUUUUAUAUGUACCUAGUUACUAUCUACAAACUCUUUGAGUUUCUUGUGCAAUAACAUACUUUCUGGUUUUAAGUUUGCUAUAUUUGACCUGUCACAAAGAUGAAAGUUUGUUAUACUUACUUUUUCUGUUGCAGGGGCAGCAAUUUCAUGAGUGAACUGGCCAUAAAAGCUGAAGGCAGGUGUCUAGAGGAAGAUGAAGACAAACCAGGAGAGAGAGAGGAGAAGAAGCUUAAGAAAAAGAAGAGGAAAUCGAAGGGGGAAGACCAAAUAUCCAAAAUGAAAACUGAAGGUGAAGUAUCAAAGAAGGAAUCAAAACAUAAUUUAAAGGAAGAUAAAGCUGAAGAAAGAGAUGAUGGAAUGAAAAAGAAAAAGAAGAAGAAAUCAAAAGAGGACGAGGAAAUCUCCAAAACAAAAGGUGAAGGAGAAGGGUUGAAAUGCAAUUUAGAGGAAUGCAAAGAGGAAGAAAUAGAAAAGAGAAAAUACAAGGAAAAGAAGAGGAAAUCAAAAGAGAAGGAAAAAGUCUGCAAAAUAAAAGGUGAAAGUGAAGUCUCGGAUGAGGAGUCAAAAGACCAUGUAACUGAGAAAGAGAAAGGUAAAGAAAGGAAAGAGAGAAAAAACAAGGAAAAGAAAAAGAAAUCUAACGGGGAGGAGAAAGUCUCCAAAGCAAGAGCUGAAAGCGAGGUCUUGAAUGCAGUGUUGAUAGGUAACUCAGAGGAAGAUAAAGGUGAAGAAAGAGAAGAGAGAAGACACAAGGAAAAGAAGAAAAAAUUGAAAGGAGAAGGGAAUAGCUCAGAAAUUAAAGCUGAAAGCAAAGUCUUAGAUUCAGUGUCAAAACACAUUAAAGAAGAUGAUGAAACUGAUGAAAAGGAAGAGGGAAACCAUGAGAGAAAGAAAAAGACAUCAAAAGGAGAAGAAGAAAUCUCAGAAACAAAAGUUGAUUGCAAAAUCUCAGUUGAAGAGUCAAAACACCUUUUAGACAGGGGUGAUAAAGCUGAAGAAAUGGAAGAAGGAAAAAACAAGAAAAAGAAGAAGUUGAAAUCAAAAGAGAAAGAGGGAAUUUCUGAGACAAAAUUUGCGAGCGAAGGCUCAAAAGCAGGGUCAAAAGGCAACAUAGAGGAGGAUAACACUGAAGAAAGAAAAAAACCCAAGCGAAAAAAGGAGAAAUUAGUGGCAGUAGAAAUGGAUCUCGAAAAGGAAGAAUCAAAACUUGAUACCAAUGAUGUGGAUAUCGAGAGAAAGUUGAAAUGCGAUCGAAAGAAAAAGAAGAAAGAAAUUGAAGCUAAAGAAACUUCAGACAUGGAGGACAUGGAUGAGGAAUCUAGAAGCAAUACGAAAAAAAGGACAAUCAAUGAUGUUGAAGUUAAGGAGGGAAGACACAAGGCUAAGAAAAAGAAGGCAGAGAAGGAAGAAAGAGAACAAGACUCUCAAACUAAAGUGGAAGGAAAGACCAAACGAAACCAUUCAGAUGAGGAAACUGUUGGACAAGAAUUAGAUUUAGAGGAAAAGAAAAAAAAAAGAAAAAGGCCAAAUGUGAAGAAAACGAUGACCCUUCUGAAACUAACCAAGGAAAUGGAAAAGAAAUUGGAAAAUCAGAUGAAAAAUCUUCAUCACAGGUAAAUCACAUUAAGACAAUGUUUCAGGUUAAAAACAAAAAGCAAGGGAAGUUCUUUGAGAUGAAAUAUCAUGUUUGAGAAACAUUACCAAUGUUGUCUUCAAAGGAUGACUGGGCCUUAAUAUGAGAGAAAGGCCUGGAGAGACCAAAAGUGUGGCAUUUUGCUUGGAGCAAAGGAAAUUGAGGGAGGGUGAGGUGGAAGGUUCAGAGAGAUUCACAGUUGGUGAAUAGCCACUUUAAAUGAAAUGGAGAAUUAACUUCUCAGCAAUAAUCAAUGUAACCCUGCAAGAUAAGCCCUAAGAUAAGAUUGCAUGGCAAGAUUUUCUAUCCAUUACAGGUCAAUUCUUACAACUGAAGCCGAAAGCUUCCUAUACCAUAAAAUAUCAAAUUAGUUUUUUGUUUUUUUGUUCUUCGACAGCUUGGCCAGUGGGGUAGGACUCAGUUUGGAAGUGACGAACGGAGGGACAAAUUUCUCCGCUUGAUGGGUGCCUACAAGAAUAAACCCUCAACGGAGCCAUCUGGAACUACUCUAAGCUCAAAGUCUAGUCGCCAUUGCAUGACUAAAGCUACUGAAGAUUCCCUUACCAAGGGACUGGAACAGCAGUAUGAGUCUGCCAUGAAUUUCAGCAGGAAUCGGAGGGGACUGGGGCUUGGUUAUAACCCGAAUGAGGACCCAAGUAACAAAUUAUUCUAUAUUGACAAAACUGCUUCUAAAUCAGUCAAGUUAAAUUAG